AUGUCUCUCACAAACGGCUCUCCUUCAGAAGCCGCAAGAGCAGCCAAGCUCUCAUCGCGCACCCUCGCCAUCCUCUCAACUGAAGACAGAAACUCUGCUUUGCAAUCAAUCCACGAUGCACUGUCUGCAGCAAAGUCUGACAUCUUGAACGCAAAUGCCCGUGAUCUGGAAAUUGCGACAAAGUCUGCUGCUGAUGGCGAGUUGAGUCAGAGUAUCUUGAAACGAUUGGAUCUUUCUAGACCUGGCAAAUUUGAGGAUAUGUUGAAGGGUAUUCUGGAUGUGAAGGGAUUGGACGAUCCUGUUGGAAAGGUCGAUAUGCGUACAGAGUUGGAUGACGGUCUUAUACUGCAACGCCAGUCGUGUCCAAUUGGUGUGCUCCUGAUCAUCUUCGAGGCUCGUCCCGAGGUCAUUGCCAACAUCGCUUCUCUGGCCAUCAAGUCUGCGAACGCUGCUAUCUUGAAGGGUGGCAAGGAGUCGACAGAAUCGUUCAAAACCAUCGCAACAGUUAUCUCCAAGGCACUCGAGAGCACAAAGGUCCCCAACGACUCGAUUCAGCUCGUCACAACCAGAGAUGCAGUGGAUCCUCUGCUUCAACUCAGCCAGUACAUCGAUCUUGUUAUUCCCCGCGGAUCCAACGAACUUGUCCGCCACUGCCAGCGUAUGGCCCAUAUGCCUGUUCUCGGCCACGCUGAUGGUCUAUGUCACUAUUACAUCCACCCGGAUGUCGAGCCCGAGAUGGCUGCAAGCGUUAUCGUGGACUCAAAGACAGAUUACCCAGCAGCUUGCAACUCCCUCGAAUCUCUGCUGGUCAACGAAGAUGCAUUGAAGACUAUCUUGCCUGGUGUAGCAUCAGCUCUGCUUGCCAAGGGUGUAUCAUUGCUUUGCGAUCCUGCCUCAAAGGCCGCACUUUCCGAGACACUGAACAAGGAUGAAGCAGCCAUGCUGCAGGACGCCGGCGAAUCAGACUUUGACACCGAAUUCCUCGACCUCAUUCUUGCCAUCAAGACUAUCCCCAGAACCCAAGAUCCGCUAGAAGCCGUCGAUGCGGCUGUCGAACACAUCAACAUGCACGGCUCACACCACACAGACGCCAUCCUCACAUCCUCAGAACAAAUCGCCGAUCGCUUCUGCAAUGGAGUCGACAGUGCAUGCAAGUUCUGGAACUGCAGUACCAGAAUGUCAGAUGGCAUGCGCUUUGGCUUUGGCACAGAGGUCGGUAUCAGUACAAACAAAGUACACGCUAGAGGUCCUGUUGGUCUGGAAGGCCUUUGCAUCCACGAGUACAGAAUCAAGGGAUCUGGACAGGGUGCUGCCAUGUACGGAGCAGGUGGCAGUAGACAGUGGAAGCACAAGAAACUUCCACUUUGA